AUGGAGGCCUCCUUGGGCAGAGGUGGAAGGCAGUGGCAGGCUGAGACCAGAGAUGCCUAUGGUUCUCCUGUGUUGCUUCCCACAGGAUGGGAUGUCCCACAUUCAUCCUGGAAUGAAACCCAUGCUGGAGGCAUCUCGGAGAAGCUUCUGGACCUGUUUGUCAGCAUCUCACAGUUCAUUCACAAGAGUCACAAUAGUAUUCCCACUAUAGUCUCCCGCAAGGAGUGGGAAGCAAGACCACUCAGUUGCAGAGCCCUGCUGAGCCCGCCUGUGGCCUAUCUCAUCACAGAGCAGCUCAUGGGAAUGGAGUGCCAGGAGCAGAGCACCUGUAGCCAGACACUGCGGGUUCUACAGUCUCAUUCUGUCUACAACAAAGGUGGUGUGAUGUGGCCUUCAAAUUUACCAUUAAACCCAUAUUUCCUUGCUUGGCAGUUCCUGGUUGGGAAUGAUGGCAGAGUGUAUGAAGGUGUUGGCUGGCAUGUCCAAGGUUUACACACCCAAGGCUACAACAAUGUCUCCCUGGGCAUCGCCUUCUUUGGCAAUAAGAUAGCUUGCCCCAACAUCACCCCGAUCUGUUUGGGAAGCCAGAGAGACACAUUGCCCUCAAAUGAACCCCCAGUCAAAUACGUCAUCAUCAUCCACACUGCUGGGACAAGCUGCAGUGUACCUGUUGACUGCCAGAUUCGUGUCAGAGAUACACAGUCCUUUCAUGUGGACAGACGAGACUUUUGUGACAUUGGAUAUCACUUCCUGGUGGGCCAGGAUGGUGGAGUGUAUGAAGGGGUUGGCUGGCAUAUCCAGGGUUCUCACACCUAUGGAUACAACGAUAUUGCUUUAGGAAUUGCCUUCAUGGGCAACUUUGUAGAGAAGCCUCCAAAUGCAGCUGCGCUGGAGGCAGCUCAGGACCUAAUCCAGUGUGCUGUGGCCAAGGGGUACUUGGCUCCCAACUACUUGCUGCAUAUCUGCUUCAACUCCACCUACUGCCCUCGGGAGCAAUGGUUAGAGGUCUGGAGCAUCCACAACCCUGGGAACCUCGUCAGCUGCACCCAGGUGUUUAACCCUGAUGAACCAGUCUUUGUAAAGGCAAGGACCUUCCCCAGGGUAUCCCGAGCUUCUGAGUGGUACGAGGUAUCCUAG